AUGGUGCUGAACGACCUUCUCACCCUGUUCGGCUUUCUCGCCGACGGGCGAGCGCAGGGUGCCGAGCGGCUGCGCCGGCGCGAUGCGCGGGAGCUGGAGAAGCUCCUGCAGGGCUUGGCCCCGAACGUGGCUGACAUCGGCCGCGUCAUGGUGUGGUGUCUCGACACCGUGGAGUGCGCCGUGGAUAUUUCACGGUUAGUGCUGGACAGUCUCACAGAGGAGGGGCUGGAUCCAAUGCAGAGGUCCCUCCGACUAUGUGUUGUCUCCGACAUUCUGCACAAUACUGCCACGAUCUACAGGCAGGGCGCCAUUGUGUACAAGCGCGAGUUUGAACACGAGCUUCCCGGCGUCUUCGAGAAGUUCCAUGUGCUCUUCCAGGGCGAAAGGAAGCAGCCGCUCGUGCGUCGAGUGCUGCAAUCCUGGGUGGAUCGCUCAAUUUUCACGGCAAAGUACGUGAAGGGGUUGGAAGCCUCGAUGUUGCGAGGGGUCGUCUCUGCAGAGGAGUACCUGAGACCAGGUGUCCAUUUGCCGGAGUCCCUGCAUGUGAAGCUGGCAGAGUGGCAGACGCAACAUUUUAGCCAGCUUGAGAAGAUCUGCAAAGCUCAGGGAUUGAACUGGGAUGUGCAGCUAUCGGAGAAGGCGCAGGCCAUGAGCGGACGCUUCCCGGAGGAGCUGCGAAAAAAGUGGCUCCUCGAUCGAUUGCUGACCUACGAGCUUUACGUGCAGGAGACGCGGCCCGCCCCGCGGGGACCGCCUGUGCCACCCGUGCGCCGGGAGGUCCGGCCCGACCCGGAGCUUGACGGCGAUCCAUUUGAUAGCGAUGAUGAAGAUUAUGCUGCGCUCGUAUCGCAGGACACCAUGCUGCCGGCAACUGAUCCAAACACAAGUUUCUGA